AAGAAGUCUCUAGUGAAGACAGCAACGGCGGAUGUAAUACCUAUCUAUCCGUCAGCCGCAGCAACAGCAGUUGGACAGCCCAGACCGCUCGUAUUCGAGCCGCGAGCUGACUGACCUGUGACGUGCGUCUUACUGUCAAUCGUCCGACGUCAUCUCGAGACUCUAACGAAGAUCGCAGCAGAAACAUCGUAGCUCUGUAAACUGAGCGCGCACUCCGCUCCGGAGUUGUCCUCCAACGGGACAGUCUCUCGGAUGAAAAGAUAUCCGGUUGGCAACAACAUCUUGCAACAUGGAGUCUGGGGACGGAGCAGAGAAGCUGACUCAGAUCGCUUCCGAGUUGGCCAAAACCCAUGCGGAGUAUGAGGACAAGCUCCAGCCAGCGUUCGUCGCGUAUACCUCACAGAUCAAAGCUCUAUCGAUGAGCGAGGAAUUCUGCGAAAAACAAGUCAAACACCUCCUCCAUAAUCUGGAGCCUCUUCGGAAACAGUUGGCCGCUUUGAAGCAACUUCCGGUCGAGCUCGAAUCAAAUCGCACAGAACUCGAGACCAGUAUCACAGAGCUCGAGCAAGCGAUAAAACUCGUCCGCCGGAAUCUUCCGGCUCAGAGCGGCUUCUACCUUUAUCUCGUGCUUGGCAGCAUGAAUGUCAACAUGCGUUCGAAUAAGCUGAAGCUGAACUACAAAAUCGAAUACGAGAAUUUCAAGCUAUUCGUCACAUGGGCACUACUGUUUCUCUCACUACUGUGUCUUUAUAUGGGACCGGGUUGCAUAUGGGACUCGGUACUCGUAUUCGCAUUGGUUUGGUUCUAUUGUACUCUCACCAUUCGAGAGAGUAUCCUGAAAGUAAAUGGCAGCAACAUCAACGGUUGGUGGCGAAUCUACCAUUUCAUCGCCACGGGUCUCUCAGGCAUCGUCGUCUUAUGGGCCGAUAAGGAGGGAUUCCAACAACAUUUUCGAUGGUGGUUCCUGGUGUAUACUUGUACAAUGCUUCUCGCGCAUCAGAUGCAGUAUCGUUAUCAAGCCGGCACGUUGUAUCGGCUGCAGGCUCUUGGUGACAAAGCAAAUCCUAUGGAAGUGAGCGUUGAGGGCAUUCGUACAUCGUUGGCCGGGCCAAUGUUUAGAGAUUUCUUCUUGCUGAUGCCCUUCCUCUACGCCGUUUACUUCCUCCAACUUUACAUGGUUUAUCUACUCAUGGAUCUGAUACACACCCACCCCGACACCUACACGUGGCACGGUGCUGCCGCCGCAGUUCUUUUCGGAGUCAUGUUCCUCGGCAACAUUCUGACGACGACCAUGGCCAUCUACUCGAAAUACAAGUACCACUUCCCGGAUCCCCUUGAACUCUUGAAGAAAUUCCAGUAGACUGUCUCUCGUCCACUCCUGUUCGAAACUCGAAUUGACUACGAGGCUUCCCCCCGGUCCCCGAGGAGCUGCCUAGGACGUGCGGCGUUGCGGACGGCGCUUUGCACAGAGUCCGCGAGCAGCCGGUGACGGGACACGAGCUCAUCCGAACGAAUGCGAACGCGCCUUCCCUGGCCAACGCUCGACCCUGGGUGAAAUCAGCCGCCGACGGAUUCGGCGACAAGCGAUCGGACGUGAACCAACUGAAUGUUCUAUCCGGAUUAAUCAAAAAUACAAGACAGAUGGAA